AUGAGCAUAGAGCAGGCCCCGGAGAGGGCUUGGCAAGAGCCCCCCCAUUUGCGGGCUGAGACCGGGCAGGACACAGCGCCGCCUGGCCGCAGCCCCCCUGCCCAGCGGUGCCAGCGGCGAUCAGUGGGGACUGGACGCCUGGCCUUGCCCACGUCCCACCUCCUCCUGCCGCGUGUCCCCCCCCUGCCCCCUGUCCAGCCCCACUGCUCACCCCGGCAGUCAGACCCCAGCCCCGAGGACCCCCCUGCCGCAGAGGACAGCUGGACUGGCCAGGUCGGGCGCAGACCCGCGAUGGCCCGCCACGCAGCCGCGUGGUUCUCUGCUGCUGGGGUCUGUGCCACGUCCGCCCCGUCCCCCGUGAUGCAGGCCCGCCUCCCUCACAGGCCCAUGGGGAGCUGGUCCCAGAAGACCGUUCCCUCUGCCACUCGCAGGGCCCUAGGGGAGUUUGUUUCUCCAAGAAACACGCGAGGAGCCAGGCGGUGUUGUCAGCCCUCAGGAUACAUCGGUGACGAGAGACCACACCCCAUCCACGUGGCCCACGUUCUCCUGGAGGAAAGAGGGGCUCCGGGGUCCCCAGCUUUAGGGGUCCCCGGCUUUAGGGGCUCCAGGGAGAGAGAGCCGCUAGUCCAGUCAGGGCUAGAUGGAAGUAGCUGA